CUGUUUCAAAAUAAAUAAAUAUUUUAAAGAUGAUAAAUGGCUAAGAGGAGGUAAAGUCUCGAGUGAAACCGUUUCUAAUAGUUUUUAAAUGCCUUCCCGUUGAAAUACCCACUUGAUUUCUUCCCGCAUUUAGGAGGUGAAGAUACUCCGUGUGAGAAGAACUCUUUCCACCCAAAUCUGCAAACUCAACUGCUGUGAUCAGAAACCCUUUAAUGUAUCUUGGGUGAAAGCUACCAGGGCAGGCAUUUUAUUCACCAUGCACGUCCUACACUUAAGACCCAGUGCCUAGCAUAUUUUAGGCACUAAAAUUUUGGAGAGCGAAUUGAAUGAUUUGAGUUCAAACUUCCAGUUCCUUCACCUUUGGUACUUUGAAAACUUGAGCGCCCUUUCCAACUACUAGCAGCACCCUUUGCUCUAGAAAACAGACUUGCGGUUUUGCAGUCUUUCAAUAACCGCUCAAGGUGUGUGCUCAUUUUGUGCCUGGUGCUGUACUAAGUUUGCGUCAAAUCUUCCACCAUCACCCUAUGGGAUAGUGUUUUGCAGUGGCGGAAACUGAAGCACGGACAGGUUGAAUGGCAGGUGAGGUCCCACAGGUAGUCAGUUACAUAUCUGGAGUUUGAACUCAGGCAGGCUCGUUCCAAAGGCGUGAGCCGUUUACUUUGCCUCUCUCGCAAUUCUGUGUCUUUGCAAAGGCUCUGUAUGCUGCCUGCCUUCCUAACUCCAGGACCGAGCUGCACUCAAACCUCUUCUGGAAUGUCUCCCUAGCCUGUUUCCCAGGACCAUACCAAACUGCCUGUGAUUAUAAUCCUCGGAUACAUUCUUACUGCACUUACAGUAAAAGCUAAACUUCCUGUGGCCCAGAAGACCACACAGGUCUGGUCCCUGCCUUCCCUCUGACCUCUGCUUGUACUACCACAACCCUGCCUCCAGCCCCCAUGCGCUUGCUGUGGGUGCUGUCUGAACCGUUCUAUCUAGGACAGCCACCUUGUGAUCACUGUCCCCCCAUUGUUCCCUGCCCCCACCACUCCCAUCACCCGGUUUUGUUGUGUUAGCAUCCACACCAGCCAAAAACAUAUUCGCUUACUUAUGGCUUGUCUCUUCCUAGUAGGGUAUGUACAUGUGUAUUCCAUGAGCUUUACAUCCAUAGCCCACUAAAUCACUCCCAGUCCCUGAAAUAAAUGCUUGUUGAGUGGAGAGUGGCUAUCCUGUGGUAUUGCAGUUUCAUAUGCCCCAUAGGAUGUGAACUUUACAGCAGGGAAUCACCGUUUUUGUAAUAGAUGCCAGUGUCAGGCACUCAGUAAUUGCUGUAAAAAUAAAUAUUCCAGCUUCCAGCAGAUGAGUUAUUUUUGGCUUACAAAAAAUUCUUUUCAGGUCCUGCACCUCCAGUACGGAAUGUAUGUUUGGCCCUGUGCGGUGGUCCUGGCUCAGUACCUGUGGUUUCACAGAAGAUCUCUGCCAGGCAAGGCUGUCUUAGAGAUUGGGGCCGGUGUGAGCCUUCCAGGAAUCGUGGCUGCAAAAUGUGGCGCCGAGGUAAUACUGUCCGACAGUUCAGAGCUGCCUCACUGCCUAGAAAUGUGCCGUCAGAGCCUGGAAAUGAACAACCUGCCACGGGUGCGUGUUGUAGGACUAACGUGGGGCCACGUAUGUCCGGAUCUCCUGGCUCUGCCACCACAAGACAUCAUUCUUGCAUCUGAUGUGUUCUUUGAACCAGAAGACUUUGAAGACAUCUUAACUACAGUAUACUUUUUGAUGCAAAAGAACCCCAAGGUCCAACUGUGGUCUACUUACCAGGUAAGAAGUGCUGACUGGUCACUUGAAGCUUUGCUCUACAAGUGGGAUAUGAAAUGUGUCCACAUUCCUCUGGAGUCUUUUGGUGCAGACAAGGAAGAUAUAGCAGAAUCUGCCCUCCCAGGAAGACAUACUGUUGAAAUGCUGGUCAUCUCCUUUGCAAAAAAGGACAGUCUCUGAAUCAUACCUACAUACAGGCUGCUCUGGGGCAAUGUCAACACUGAUUUGCAACCUAUCGUGCCAAUUAGAACUCAGACCAUUUUAGCUUCUUGGGAGUGAGUACAAGCACUGGAUUUGAAGAUGGUCAGAUCUGUCGGCCUUAAAAGAUUGUGGUGGGUCACCUGGACAACACUCGUGGGUUACAAAGCCAUGAAAACAAAAAUAAACACACCUGUAAGAGAAAGGACUUGGACUGUUCUUUAAAAAUCAAUAAAAAUA